GCGGCAGCAGAGGUGCGGCGCGCGGCUCCGGAGCGCGCCAACGCGGUCCCCGCCGGAGUCGCGGCGUACCUCCGUGUGGCCCUCACCCCUCUCCCCAACUCGAUAUCUCCCACUGGCCUCAGGAUGGGCGCGCGCGUCUCGGGCAGGCCCCGAGCCGGGACUGGGUUCCUGCUGCUGCUGCUGCUGCUGCUCGGGCUGCUGGCCCCGGGGGUGCAGGGAGCGCGGGGCCGCGGCGGCACCGAGAAGAACAGCUACCGCCGCACAGUCAACACCUUCUCACAGAGCGUCAGCAGCCUGUUCGGCGAGGACAACGUGCGCGCCGCUCAGAAGUUCUUGACCAGGCUGACGGAGAGAUUCGUGCUGGGAGUGGAUAUGUUUGUGGAAACCCUGUGGAAAGUCUGGGCAGAGCUCUUGGAGGUUCUUGGACUUGACGUCUCCAACCUGUCCCAGUACUUCAGCCCAAGCUCGGUGGCCAGCAGCCCGGCCCGCGCCCUCCUGCUGGUUGGCGUCGUCCUCCUGGCCUACUGGUUCUUGUCCCUAACCCUGGGCUUCACCUUCAGCAUCCUGCACCUGGUAUUCGGCCGCUUCUUCUGGGUCGUUCGGGUCAUCCUGUUCUCCAUGUCCUGUGUGUACAUCCUGCACAAGUACGAGGGGGAGCCCGAGAACGCCGUGCUGCCCCUGUGCUUCGUCGUGGCCAUCUACUUCAUGACCGGGCCCAUGGGCUUCUACUGGCGCAGCAGCCCCGGUGGCCCCAGUGUGGAGGAGAAGCUGGAGCAGCUGGAGAACCAGGUCAGACUGCUCAACAUCCGCCUCAACCGAGUUCUGGACAGCCUGGACCGCACCAAUGGCAAGUGACAACCAGCCAGCCGGCCGGGUCCCCUCCUCCCAGCGCCCUCUCUCCGGAAACAAAAGAGAAGAAGGAAAAAAAGAACGUCCAACCCCAAACAGUCUUAAUAAAAAUGCCUGAGCAAGAGAGGGGCGCUUUGCGAGGGUAUUUCCGGCCACGGGUCAGACUCUUAGGACCCCUUCCUGGAGGAAGGACAAGAUCAUGGCUGUAGAACUAACCCAGCGAGUGUCAUUAGUGGAGAAAAUAUUUUUUAAACAGAGGAGAUAACCCUAUGAGCUGUACAGGAAGAGAAGUUUAUGGGCGCAUCAAGUACCAAGUUAAUUUUUUUCAAGCGUUUAAAUACAUCUUUUGUAAGGUUUUUUAAUAAAGGCCGAUGGAGUCAGA